AUGGCAGACUCUACAGCCCAUACUUACAACCCGUUCGUCAAGCGUUCGUCGUAUCAACGUAGCUCGAUCUGGGCUUACCAGGCGGCCACUACGAUUUCCUGGCUCCUCGUCGUCGGUUUUGGCGUCUACGCUGGCACCCAUCGCCAGCACCACGGCGCUCCAGAGAAGCAGCAUGGCGAGGCCCUCCACGCCCUUGCCCACGACGACCACCUCAAUGCCUUCUCCCAGACCAAGGUAGUCACUGGCAUCUACUGGGUCAUACUUCUCAUCUCUCAGCUGGGCUAUAUCGGCCAGCUCUGGAGCUCGGAUGAACAGCACCUUACCACGGCUGCCAAUGUGGCUCCGUACUUUGUACUCAACAACCUCUUUGUGCUGGCCUUCACCUUGCUCUUCGUCCAUGGCAAGUUCUGGUGGGCUGAGGUCUUUGACAUCUUCAGCUUGAUCAAUCAGGCCACCGUCUACUGGGGCUUCUCAGACCUGCACCCGUUCAUCCACCUGCCCGUCGUGGCUGGACCCUAUGCCUGGUCUCUGAUCACCCUCUUCUGGAACGGUGCCGUGGCCGUUGGCGGUAACAGCACGCCCUUGAGGCUGGUGGCCAACAUCUUCAUCUGGGUGUACUUUGUCAUCGGACAGGCUCACAUCGUUCUUCGCAACGACCAGUACCUCGGAUACGCCCUCAGCUUGUUGACCUUUUCUCUCUCACUCAAACAAUUGGCCAUCAAGAUCAUCUCCCUUCAGUGGAUCUUCGCCUUUACCAUCUUCGGUACCAUUUACCAGUAA